UGCGUCUCGACUACUCACAGCGGCCAUGACGCUGCGGCUACAGGUCGCUUUCUUGCUGGCGCUCGCGACGACCACCGCCGCCGCCGACCAGCCGUGCCCUGUCGGGCUGUCCGCGCCAGUGCGCGGCGCCAACCGCACACUCACAAUGCCCGACGGAUCGUCGUUCGAGGCGCCGUUGUGGGGCGACGGCUCCAGGGCGUGCCCCUGCCUGCAGCGCGGCUGCAUUCGCAAGUGCUGCCCCGCGGGCUACGUCUCCGACAUAUGGGGCGACUGCGUCCCAGUAUCGCGCAACACCAUAUCCAGCCGCCUCCCUCUGACGCCAGCUCAGGAUCGCCAGUCUCCCGACAAACACCUGGCCAGACUGGAUGCGUUCGUUCCGAAACUGGUUUCACUCGUGGAGCGAUUGCAGAACAGUUCCGGCGGCAUUGUUACCACGCCAGUGGAUAGCUCGGGGGGUGUCCGAAAAGAUGAAGUGAUCAGGAACCUUUCGAGCGCAUUACUAAAGUGUCUUCCGGCCGCUCCCGAUGUCGAUUCUGGUAAGAGGCGCCUCUCCAGCGACGACUGCGCACUACUCUCCACGACAGCCGACGGGCAGCUGUCGACUGUCCGACUGCGAGAAGCCGUGAGGGCGCUGUCGAUUGAACUGAGCAAUGUUUACCCGACCGCCGCCGACGCAGACAGUGCAGGAGUCGGCGAACUUGUCGACGAACUGAAAGAAUAUCUUGCGAACAUUUCAACGGAACUCUCAGAGAAUAAUACGGAAGUCGUUGACGAUAAGGAGCGCGUCCCCGGCGCUGUCGAGACGCUGCUGUCCUUGAUAGCCGACAAGACGCAGGCACCGUUGCGGGAUAUGUUCGUCCUGUACGGCACGGCGUGCCCCUGCAACCGGUACGAAGUCGACGACGCGUUCGAGAUGCUAGACAACGGCACGCUGACGUUCGAGUCGUUCAUGGUGCCGGCGAGCGACUACUGCUUGGACGAGACGGUGGGCGGCAACCUGACACUUUACCUGUGCUUCCCCGAGACGGAGUGCCCUCUGGAGGAGAAGGACGCGCUCUUCUUCUACCCGGCGGGCACGGUGCUGUCGCUGCCCUUUCUGGCCGCCACGUUCGUCGUGUACGCGCUCUUCGAGGAGCUCCGCAACCGGGUGGGCACGGCGCUUAUGUGCUACGUGGCCGCACUCUUCGUCGCCUACGCGCUGCUCGCAGCCGUCCAGAUCAGUUUGGGAUACGUGAGCAUAGCCUUCUGCCUCACCGCAGCCUUCAUCAUCUACUUUUCAUUCCUGGCAAGUUUCUUCUGGCUCAAUGUAAUGUGCUUCGACAUCUUUUGGACAUUCAGUGGAUUCCGAUCAUUGCGUGGGACAGCCAGAGAAAGGGAGCACAAGAAAUUCAUCAUCUACUCUAUAUACUCAUGGGGCUGCCCUCUAAUUUUGCUAAGUGUGACACUUGUUAUGCAGUUCCACAAUGACAUUCCUGAUGGUUUACUGAGACCACAGUUUGGUGUGAAGAAAUGUUGGUUUCCUGAUGACAUUACAAUCCUGGCAUACUUUUAUGGACCUGUUGGGGUGCUGGUUCUGUGUAACAUUAUCUUGUUCAUUUUAACUGCCAUCAGAAUUGCACAGCUCAAAAGAGAAACAGCUAUGCUGAAAGGCACUGAUUCAAGACGACAUGAUGAUGACAACAGACAGAGGUUUAAUUUGUACCUGAAGCUUUUCCUCGUCAUGGGUGUGAAUUGGUCAAUGGAAGUAAUAUCAGGGUUGGUUGGUGGACCUGAUUAUGUGUGGUAUGUAACUGACAUCUGCAACACACUGCAGGGUGUGCUCAUAUUCGUUAUAUUCGUCUGGAAAGACCGUAUUCGUCGUAUGCUUAUGGAAAAAUUCUGUCCAAAGAGGGCUUCAACUAAACUCAGCAAGUCAACUGUGGUGACCUACUCAACAAGAGCCAGCCCAUCUCGCUUGUCACAUGGAGUACUAAACAAUAAAGUUACAGACAACAGCAAUGGAGAUGUUGUAAAAAUCACAGCUGUUACACCCAUCUCCGAUGACAGUGAUGUGCCCUGAAAGUAAAAGGCUGAAUAAAUAAUUGCAGUGGUGCCUAUAUUUGCAAUUCUGGGAUUUUUGCAAUGAUGAAAUGUUGCUUCUGACAGGUUCUUGUAAGAAAGGCGACUGUGAAAAAGUGGAGAAACUAAUUCUCUAAGUAAGGAAAAACAAACUGUUGGUCAAUAAAAGAAUCCAUGCAUAAAUUGUGAAACAUUCCUCACAAAUGUUAAUUUUUUGUUUCAACAAUAAUUGUACAAAUUGAAAUCACUAAAUGAAAAUUUAUUAAUCCUAAAACACUUUAAAUCUUGCUUAAGGGUUGAAAUUAAUUUUAUUUUCUUUUGAAUACGAAGGGAGUACAGCAAGUUAUAACUCCCUCUACAGGGAAAUUCAUUCAUUCAUUGUAAAUCCAAGUAGAUUAUUAAUUAUUCCUCCCUUCAUGUGGAGGAAAAUAUGUAAGGACUCGACUAUCAGUUACUAUCACUACAGUGUUUGCGAUAAUAUUGGGAUUAUGACCUGUCUGCAUUUGUAGAGAAACAAAAUAAACAUUCUUGUAUUUAUGUGUAUGCAGUUGUAAACAGGAACACUGACUUAUUUACAUGUGUUAAUGUUUAUGAAGCAUCUAUUGUGCACCAUUUGUGUAUUCAUCACCGCUGAUAAUUUGCGACGAUCAUUCAACAGUCAAAUCUAUUUUCCUAAUACACUGCAUUAUUCAAAGAUAAAACAUAGAAGUAAAAGAUGUAUGCUAAUGCUGACAAAUGCUAUACAAAAUCCCUUUACAAACCAAGCAGGUGCAUGUAAUGUACAAAUUAAUUAUGCUUAAGGUGAUAUGUGUGUGUGUAACAAAGUAUCUUUUACAUAUGUAUUUUAUGAAGCAGAGUACUUGCGUCUAACGGUAAUUCACAGGGCUUUUCAGCAGCAUUUCAUUUUUGUGAUAUUUAUUCACAUGUCAUGCUAAAGUGUAUUUAGUUCAGCAAAGAAAGGUACAACAACAGCUAUCAGCAGUCACAAGCGAAUGAGAAAAAGCAGUUACAAAUGCUGGACUUAUAAAUUGAAAAACAACAAAGUUUAUGAUACGUAGAGCUAAAUGCAAACUAUUUUAAGAGAAAUAUAAUUCAGAAAUGUAACUGGCAAAAAGUCACAUAGUGAAAAAUAUUAAUGUAUAUAUGACACUGCAGUUGUGUGUAUGUAUGCAGUCUGGCAAGCUGCUUGUAUUUUACCACUAUUACAGCUUGUUGAUCAACAUUCAUUGUCAGCAAUCAUCUAAGAUGACACUUUUACCAGCUAAUCAAUGUAAUUCUGUGCUUGUUUAGUAAGUUAAAAACUGUCAUUUCAGUGUAAUAAAAAUUUGGGUACAAGCUACCAAUUUCUUUCUGUUCUAAACAAAGUGUCAUUCCAACAUGACAUUAUUGUUUUUGAAAUACUAGUCAGUGAAACUGUUCCUUAUUUUGCAAAACAUUUUAAAGGCAUAGAAGGCAUGAGUUUUUAAUUUAGAAAUAUUGAUGAAAAUACAAGUUUAUGGCAUGUGUAGGUACAGUUACCUAAGACAAUAUAAGGAACUUAUUUGUGUGUGUGUUAGAGAGAGAGAGAGAGGGAGAGAGAGAGAGAGAGAGAGAGAGAGAUCUCUGAUUUUUAUUUAUAGAGUUGAAUAUGUUCAUCUUUGAACUGCCAGUAUUUUAAGUUAUUUACAAGAUACAUUAAAGCAAUUGAUCAUAUUAUUAUGAAAUAAUUAAACAAGCACAUCUAAAUAAAGUGUACAACUUUUAUUCUAUUAUAGUUUUUGUAUAAAGGUAAAAAAUAAUAAAUUUCUAAAUUUA